GGACUGAUCACCAUGGCGGGCCUGGACACCGGCCGGGCCAUCCCCGUGUGGCUAGCCGAGGACGACCUGGGCUGCAUCAUCUGUCAUGGGCUGCUCGCUUGGCCCGUCACGCUGCCCUGCGGCCACACCUUCUGCCGCAGCUGCCUGAAGGACCUGUGGGGCGCAGGGGCCGCGGGGCGCCGCUGGUCCUGCCCCACCUGCCGCGAGGGCGGCGCGCAGCAGCUGCAGCUGCGGAAGAACACGCUGCUGCAGGACCUGGCCGACAAGUACAGCCAGGCCGCGCGCGAGCUGGAGGCCGGCCCCGGCCCGGCCCCCGGCCCGGCUCCCGCCCCGGCCCCCGGCCUGGCGCCGGGGCCCCCGCGCCCCGCCGCGCCGCUGCCGGUAGGGAGGCGGGACCCGCAGCUUAGGAGGGCGGCGGCACAAAAGAGCAUCACAGAAGUUGGUCGGGAGCUGUCAAAGCUGGUGGAACAGGUUGUAGACAUUAUCAAGAGCCUUCAGAGUCAGAGACACCUCCCAGAAUCUGGACCAGACAAUGACCUGAGCGUCCCGAGCACGGCUUUUUCUGGGGGGGUGGACCUUUCCUUGUCUUCUCCAAAGCUGGUAACUUCCAACACACCUGAGAGAAAAAAGAGAGACAUUCUACAUGACCUAGAAGAAAUUCAGCAAAAAUUACAAGAAAGCUUCACGUGGAAGGCGGUCCUUGAAGAACAAACGCAGGUGGAACUCCCGGAAGCCCCAUCUUCCUCUUCAUGCCCACUGCCUGGCCAGAGCCACCCUGCACCCAACGGGGCCUCGAGGUUUGCUCAGUGGGCCAUCAGUCCAACCUUUGACAUGAGGAGCCUCUCCUGUAGCCUGGAGGUCUCUGAGGAUCAUCGGACGGUGACUGUAUCUCAUUGCUUACAGUCCUAUUCCUGGAGUCGUGAGAGGUUUUCGACCUGCCAGGUUUUAUGUUCCCAGGCCUUCUCUUCUGGGCAUCAGUACUGGGAAGUAGACACUCAGCAUUGCAGCCACUGGGCAGUUGGGGUGGCUUCCUGGGGGAUGAGCCGUGACCACAUCCUGGGAAGGACCAAGGACUCCUGGUGUGUAGAGUGGAAGGGGACUAGCCAGCUCUCCGCGUGGCACAUGGUCAAGGAAACUAUCCUUGGCUCAGACAGACCUAAAGUGGUGGGCAUCUGGCUGGACCUUGAGGAGAGGAAGCUUGCCUUCUAUUCAGUGGCUAAUCAGAAGAAGCUUCUGUAUGAGUGCCCCAUCUCUGCCUCCUCUCCUCUGCACCCUGCCUUCUGGCUGUAUGGUUUACGUCCUGGAAACUCUCUCACUAUAAGGCAAGUAAAGGUAUAAAGGUUCCUCAGGUGUUAAAACACGGUGUUUGCCUGGUCUCUUUGCCUUCAAGCAGAGACUUGACUUGAGAAUACCACUUCUGAAGUUAAGGGGUAUGCAGUAAUGGGUUAACUCAGCAGGCUUGGGAUGUUCAAACUCUGCACAUUCCAAAGAAAGGACAGGCUUUUGCCUGGCUCCUGGGAGAUAAUUUCUAAGCCCUUGGAAUAUCCUGCCUGAUAAGAGUGUCUUUGUUUACUAGGGGGCCUUGGGCCAUGUAGUAUCAGCUAGACCUUGAGAGGGGCUGGAGACUAAGGGCAGCCACAUGGCCAGUGAGCUUGCC